UGAGUCACCACACCAAUCCCCAGAGCAUGGACGACUGUGCCCUGAUCAAGCGCCUUAUCCAAGACGGCCGCCUGGAAGCCGUGCUCGCUGCAUACGGCUUCGAGAUCCAGACCAACAUGACGAUGGAGGGUCCUCUCGACAGCCAAGCGGGUGCGGCCAUGCCAGGAAGAAUUAAUUCAUCUCCGACGACCGAAGGCAAGGAACGGGUACCCCAAGGCCGACAUCUCUUCGACUACGGCAGGUCGACAGCUUCGAACCUCGCCGCGCUACCGAACGCGCAAGAAGAGAUCGUCAAUCAGCAUGGGCAGUCUUUGCAGGCGCCCAGGUUUAGCUACCAGCACGCUCCAUCUCUUGGCUCCUCCACGUCGGCGUUUCCAGCAACGCCAGUCGAGCCAGCGUCUGGGUUUUACAACCAACACGGGCGACUUUCUCGAGCGCCCGCUUCCGGCAGCCAACAUGCGCCGGCUUUUGGACCCGCGGCACCCGAUCCUCCGAUGGUGUCGUUCGGAACAGCGUACAGCGUCACUUCCAUUGCGGGAGUGCAGGUGGUCGAUUACGAGAAGACCAUGACCAAGCUCUUCGCCCCGGGCGCCAAACCGACGACAACGAAACCCAUGUUUUCGUGUCAAGGCGGCCGCAUGCCAAGUCUUGAUCGUCACUCGCAACGCAUGCCCGAGGACUCGAGUCCAUUCCAGCCCAGACAAGGACCGUGGCCUAGCUCAGCGUCAACUCCUCCGACGAUCGCGAUCCCGAAGCUCAGUCGGUCGGCCGAAGACGGCAAUGACGACGCAACAGCAACUGCAACGAGCCCUCCUCAUGAAGCGGCGCCCAGUGACGUCCAAGUCCAGCCGCAGGCGACUUUGCAACCGCAGCAACAAGGCGACACGCCAAGCCUCACCUUGACUUGUGCGGCGACGAAGAUGCCAAUUACCAGUAACUUGACCGAAGCGACGGCAGCCAAGCCGCCUGCAGUGACAAGCUGCCAGCCCCAGAGCAACGACUUUUCCAGCGUCAACGAAGAGGCUCUCAUGCCUUCGGUGACAGACCUUCCCGUGACAACUGACCAAGUGACGUCCGACAUUGCUGCGAUCCACAUCGCGUCGGCACCAGCGCCAAACUCGAACGGCGACGUCAACUCGCGCACAAGCCGCAAACCAGUCUACGAGGAAGAAGUCGAGCGCAGCACUGCGAUGAACAAGGUCCAAGUCCAACACGACGACUGCGACACCAUGUCGCCAAUCCAGGCUCAUGCCAGCGGCACCAACGCCGCAAUCAAGUCCAUCUCUGAGCCACCCGACAUCAGCGUGCCAAUGCGUCGGAAGGUCCAAGGUGGCAUCGCGGAGAAGCUCGCGACCGCGUCGCUGUCUACCACCACCGCGAUAUUCCAAGUGCCCUCUGAGAUGAUGUCGAGUGCGCCAUACCCAGGAGCUCAAGGGCCGCUCCACGAUGAGCCGCGGCCUCCGGACACACCGACCACGGACGACGUUGCUUGGCCAUCGACGGGCGGGGUACGGCCGGCGCGGAACCAAGCUCUGGCCGUUGACCUCAACUACUACGACGUGCUUCCACAACCCAAGGACGUCUGUGAGGUUGACAUUAUUGAUGGCCUGCGCCAACGGCUAUCUGCGUACGACACGGACAUCAGCUCCGUCGGUCUCUCGACAUUCCACUCGAGCAGUGCGGCGCUACCCUCGCCGCCAUGCCCAGGUCCUCAAGGGCCGCUACACGACGAGCCGCGGCCUCCGGACGCACCGACCACGGACUACGUCGCUUGGCCAUCGACGGGCGGGGUACGGCCGGCGCGGAACCAAGCUCUGGCCGUUGACCUCAACUACUACGACAUGUCUCAACGACACAACGACGUGUAUGAGGUUGGCAUUACUGAUGGCCUGCGCGAACUGCUAUCCGCGUACGAGAAGGAAGCCAACUCCGUCGGUCUCUCGGCGCCCUACUCGAGCUGUGCAACGUCACGCUCGACGACAAACUUCAAGGUGCUCGAAUCCAGCUUCCACGCAACGAGCUCAACCAGCCAUGACAUUCUCAAGGAAACUUACAGCCGCGACACGACGGAAGUGCUCGACUGGCUUUCCGACAAGGCCUCCCAUGCGAUACUCACGGACAUCUGCCUCAACUACCAAGGACCCAAGCCUUUGCAAGGCGCCGACAUCCCGUCGACAAGUCCCGAUCAACUCGAAGAUGCACUUUCUCUCGUCACAACCAGUGACCUCAACAUCGACCUGCUCCAGGAAGCGACCAAGCAGCAGCGUCCAGUGGACGAGCGACGCGCCAGCGCGCUCAAAGAAGAUCACGAUUUCCAACGAAAGUCAAGCAUGCGCGACAAAGUCCCGAAAACGCUCAUCCGAGCUGUGGGCUGCGCAUGGGGGGAGUGUUCUGGGUUUUCGACCCUUCGACCUGCAUUGCGCAACCCACGACCCUUCGACGCACCUCUUCGCGCGAUCCUUCUACAAAACUAG